ACACUAUUCUUUCUCUCUUCUCCGUCUAUACUAUUGCUCCUAUUUACAUUAGUUUAUAACAAACAAAAAUAAGUCCCAAUGAGCGCAAUAUAGCGCCGCCAGCUUCUUCCUCUUCUUUUUCUUCUUCUUCACUCUCGCGGGCGAGACAGAGAAAAACGACUGUACCGGCCGUGUUCACCCGGUCCGGACCCGAACCGCGUUCCAUCACCCGUUUACGACGCUCCGACUCACCUUCAUUAUUUUAGUGGUAUUUACAGUGGGCUAGACUUCAUAUUAAGGGUUUACAUAGGCUAGACACUGAGAAUGGAGAAAAAGGAUAAAGAAAUUAAAUCAUUUAAGGAUCUAGGCUUAUCGGAUGAAUUGAUCGAAGCUUGUGACAAAUUGGGCUGGAAGACUCCCCUAAAGAUUCAAAUACAAGCAAUUCCACCGGCUCUCCGAGGAAAAGAUGUCAUUGGAAUUGCCCAAACGGGUUCUGGUAAAACUGCCGCUUUUGCCCUUCCUAUAUUGCAUGCACUCUUAGAAGACCCAAACCCUUUUUUUGCUUGUGUCUUGUCUCCCACAAGGGAGCUUGCUAUUCAAAUUUCUGAACAGUUUGAAGCUCUAGGUUCUGUAAUUAAGGUCAAGUGUGCUGUGCUCGUUGGAGGGCUUCCCAUGGCAAAACAAUCCAUUACGUUAGCAACGAAGCCUCAUAUUAUUGUUGGGACUCCUGGACGUGUCUUGGAUCACCUAAGAAACACCAAAGGAUUUUCUCUUGGUAAAUUAAAAUACUUGGUCUUAGAUGAAGCAGACAGGUUGUUGAAUGAGGAUUUUGAGGAAUCACUUAAUGAGAUUUUAGGAAUGAUCCCUCGCAAGCGUAGGACAUUCCUUUUUUCUGCUACGAUGACAAAGAAGGUCGAGAAGCUCCAAAGGGUUUGUUUAAGAAAUCCUGUGAAGAUUGAAGCAUCAACCAAGUACUCUACCGCGAACACACUGAAGCAACAAUAUCGUUUCGUGCCAGCAAAACACAAGGAUUGCUACCUUGUAUACAUUCUCACUGAAAUGGUUGGAAGUACAUCAAUGGUGUUCACUCGGACAUGUGAUGCAACUCAGCUUCUUGCUUUUUUUCUUAGGAAUCUCGGUCUGAAAGCCAUCCCAAUUAAUGGUCAUAUGAAUCAGCUAAAGCGACUUGGAGCCUUGAAUAAGUUCAAGUCCGGGGAUUGCAAUAUUCUCCUUUGUACAGACGUAGUUAGUAGGGGACUGGAUAUUCCAGAAGUAGAUAUGGUGAUUAACUAUGAUAUUCCCUCAAACCCCAAAGAUUAUAUACAUCGUGUGGGAAGGACUGCUCGGGCAGGGCGUUCUGGGGUUGCCAUUUCCCUUGUGAACCAACAUGAGCUAGAGUGGCACAUUCAGAUAGAGAAUCUUAUAGGCAAGAAGCUACUGGAGUAUCCUGCACAAGAACAGAAAGUUUUGCUUUUGGAAAAGCGUGUUAGUGAGGCCAAAAGAUUAGCUGUAACGAAAAUGAAGGCAACUGGAGGGAAGAAUAAACUUUGGUCUGAUUCAGAAGAGGAAGAGGAUGCUGAGACAUACUUUGGUCUAAAUAGAAGACCCUCUAAGAGGUUUAGAAGAAAAUAAAUGUUCUCUGUUCCGUAAAAAAAGAUAAUACAUGUUCAUUGUUUCCGAGUAAAAUUGUAUAUUUGUUCUCAUUUAGUUUUCUUAACAUAGUGUUAAGAAAGUCGAAUUAUUAUUUGAGUAUUUAUAAUUACAAAAGCAUUCUUCUAACUUAUAUUGGAGACAAAUAAAAGGGAAAUAUGUUCCUUAGGCCA